AUGUUCAUAAUGUACCAAAUCCAAGUUCCGUCUCUACACCUCUUUACUUCUUUGGUCAUCCUAGUUACCCUAAUUAUAUGUUGGAAGAGAUUUAAAUCCCUUACAGUUAGAGCACCAAUUCUUAGGCUGCCUCCAGGGCCAUGGAAGCUACCUCUGAUUGGAAACUUGCACAAUUUGACUGGCUCUUUACGUCACAGCCUAAGAGACUUGGCCAAGAAACAUGGACCCAUCAUGCACCUCAAGCUGGGGCAAGUAUCAGCCAUUGUCAUUUCAUCACCAGAGUUAGCCAAACAAGUCUUGAAGACUCAUGAGACUGCAGCUUUCUCACAAAGGCCUACCAUUCUUGCCGUUGAAGUUUUGUUCUAUAAUUUCUCAGGCAUCAUCUUUAGCCCUUGUAAUGAGUAUUGGAGGCAGAUGAGGAAGAUUUGUGUUUUGGAGCUUCUAAGCGCGAAGCGUGUGCAGUCAUUUUCAUUGAUAAGAGAAGAAGAGGCAUGGAACCUUGUUGAAUCAAUUAGCUUGUCGCAGGGCCAACCCAUCAAUCUCAGUGAGAUGAUUUUCUCCAUGCAAGUCAGCAUCAUUGCCCGUUCAGCCUUGGGAAAAAAAUGCAAAUACCAACAAGAGUUUGGAUCAUUGAUUAAGGAGGCAUUCAUCCUUGGAGAAGUCCUCUCUUUGCCUGAUUUGUUCCCUUCCCUCAAAUUCCUCCGUCACAUCACAAGGACGAAGCCUGCACUGGAGAAGAUACACCGGAAGAUUGACAGAAUUCUUGAUGAAAUCAUUGAUGAUCAUCAUGAGUUGAAAACAGUAAAGACCAAUAUUGUUGCACCUAGCACCACCAGCAAUGAUGAAGUAUUGCAGGAAGGUCUAGUUCAUGUGCUUCUACAACUUCAGGAGUCUGGUGGCCUCCAAUUUGAUCUCACCACCAACCACAUAAAAGCUGUCAUCCUGGACAUGUACUUGGCAGGAGCUGAGACUUCAGCAACAACCACAGAAUGGGCAAUAUCAGAACUUGUGAAAAAUCCAACAGCAAUGGAGAAAGCACAAGCUGAGGUACGGCACCUGCUUGCAGGAAAGAGGAAAAGUAUUUUAGAGGAAGACAUUAAGAAACUAGACUACUUGAAGUUAGUCAUAAAAGAAACUCUACGGCUACACCCUCCAGCUCCCUUAAUUCCAAGAGAAGCAACUCAAAGAAUCAAAAUUGGAGGAUAUGAUAUACCUACAGAAGCCAAAGUUCUGAUCAAUGCUUGGGAAAUUGGGAGAGACCCAAAACACUGGGACAAUGCUGAUUGCUUUCUACCUGAAAGGUUUCAAGGUUCAUCCAUCGAUUUUCGAGGGACCAACUUCGAAUUAAUUCCAUUUGGGGCUGGUAAGAGAAUAUGUCCAGGCAUCUCAUUUGGAAUUGCAUCGGUUGAGCUUGCACUUUCUCAACUGCUCUACUACUUCAACUGGAAACUCCCAAAUGGGAAAAAGGUAGAAGAGCUUGACAUGACUGAGUCUUUGGGAAUGACCCCUAGGAGGAGGAAUGACUUGUUUGUUAUCGCCACUCCCUUCGUUCCGUCGUAAAUGAACAUCGCGAAUUAUGGCAUAUAUAGGUCUCUUGCCUGACAGUUCAGCAAAAUAAAGCAACCAUAUUGUGCAUUUAUACCAUACAUUCAAAUAAGAAUCAACUAAGUAAUCAAUAGUGUGAAUUUUCAGUUUGGAAAUAAUAUUAAUGCUUUAUAUUAUGUUGCCCGACUAUGAAUCUGUGCUACAUAUUUAUACAAAAUUUCAGUGAAUAAAGUGGUUUACUAGAUUGACAAGCUAACAACAUAUAUUAUAUGCCAAACUGUCUAGCUAGGGAACUUCCCCAUAUAUAUGUAUCUAUUUCGGUGGCCGAAGUUGUUGUACAACAAUGGAAGGGCCAUGACAAAGUUUGCCUUGGCCGGAGUUCGAUACUUACAGAUGACAGCCCCCUAUAUAUUAAUUCAAAGUACUAAAAUUUUGCUUGUAAAAAGGAUAAAGAUCUUUAUGUGUAUGUGGGUGGAAUAAAUAAAUUUAUGAAUGAAAUAUACACAUAAAUAAAUUUAUAAAUUUAUGAAUAGAGUUAUUUGUGAUUCAUUAGUUAGCACCGAGAAAAACCACCUCAUUAGAAUGGGAGGUAUCAUUCCUUAAUAUCGCUUGUAUAAAUAAAAUAAUUGAAGAAACAACUCUAGCUCAACAGGCUAAAUUGGUCUUUUCAGGUAAGUCCA